UUAUCGUAUCAUGGAAAACGUAACCUUAAAGGAGUGAAGAUAAAUUUAUCUUAUUUACAAUAUAAAGAAAUUAAUUCUUCGUUAAUUCUUCGUCAGGCAUAUCAAAAUGACUACAGCAAAGAUUGAAUUUGCGGUGAACAUGACUUGUCAAAAAUGCGUCGAUUCGGUACGAAACAGUUUAACCGGCAUAAAUGGAAUUGAAAGUAUCGACAUAUCGUUGGAAAAAGGAAAUGUUGUGAUUGAAACAAAUUUACCAUAUUCUAUAAUUCAAGAAAAAAUUGAACAGUCUGGAAGACAAGCUGUUUUAAAAGGAUAUGGAAAUCAUUCUAGUGCUGUUGCAAUGUUAGGAGGAAAUUCAGGAUAUAGUGUGGAUAAUAAAGUAAUGGGUGUAAUAAGAUUUGCACAAACACCUGAUGGUUGUCUUAUAGAUGGAACAGUUGAUGGUUUAACACCUGGAAAACAUGGUAUGCACAUACACGAAUGUGGUGAUAUUUCUCAAGGAUGUGAUAGUGUUGGAGAUCAUUUUAAUCCAAAUUACACAAUACAUGGUGGACCUGAAGAUGAUGUAUUUAAACGGCAUGUUGGAGAUCUUGGAAAUAUAAUGGUAAAUGACUCUGGUAGAGCUACUUUUAGAAUCAUUGAUAAACUUGUAAAGAUACCUGAUAUAAUUGGAAGAUCUUUAGUAAUAACAGAAAAGCCAGAUGAUUUGGGAAGGGGAGAUAAUUUAAUUUCUAAGAUAGAUGGAAAUAGUGGAAAUAGAUUAGCUUGUGGCAUAAUUGCUCGUUCAUCAAGUUUAUUUCAAAAUACAAAAAAGAUAUGUGCUUGUGAUGGACUUACAUUAUGGGAUGAAAGGGAUAAAGCACUUUCAAAUAAACAAAAUCGCUAUUUAGAGUAUUAUGAAUUAUGCGAUUCAUAUCUAGUAAUUGAUGGGAAUAGUAUUGCCUGUCUACUACACAAUUUACAUGCAAAAUGUAAUUGUGCAUUUGGUGGUGAUUACGAUAAUGUUGCACAGUGUGUAUCAGACUUUUUUGAUGAUUUGUUAAAGUGUAACGUGACACCAUUAGUUCUAAUGGAUGGCGGCAUUGAGAAUAAAAAAUUGAAAACUAUUAUAAAUAGAACUAAAGAAAAGAUCCGUAUAGCAUCAUGUUUUUGUCCACUUAGUCAACAGAAAAUGUCAUUUUUCCCUCUAUUUUUAAUGGAAGUUUUUAAGGAUGUUAUGGUCGAAAAGAAUAUUCGAUAUGUGCAAUGUUUAUUUGAAGCUGAUAGUGAUAUAGCUGCAGUAGCAAGAAUCUUGAAUUGUCCCGUACUCAGCUAUGAUUCAGACUUUUAUAUAUAUGGAACAUUAUACAUACCAUUUAAUACAUUAGACAAUUAUAUAACUAAAAGUUCUACUGGGAAAGGUUAUGUGAAACGUUGUAAAAUUUAUAGAGUUGAACAUCUGCUAAGUUCUUUUAAGGGAUUCAAUCAGUCAAUGUUGCCAUUGGUUGCAAUAUUAUUAGGUAAUGACUAUGUGAAACGUGGUACAUUCAGGAACUUUUUUCGUCAUUUGAAGUUAAAAGGAGCAUCAAGAAAAAGGCAUAAUCUUAGACAACGUCGUAUUGAAGCAACUUUUACCUGGUUGAGUAAUUAUACUUUAGACAAAGCUAUCAUUGGAAUUCUGAGUAGAUUAGCUAAACCCAUACGACAAAGAAUGUUGGAUCUAAUAGAAACUAAUAUAAAUGGUUAUACAAAUGUGUCUGCUGAAGUACUUGUUCCAUUAGGUUUACCAAAAGACUAUGUUGCUAGAGUAAAUACACAUCAUUUGAAUAGAAUUUUCAAAUUUGAUGGAGAUAUUAAUACUUUGACAUAUAUAGAAGAAACUCAUGGAGAAGAAGAUAAUGAAACAAGUGAAGAAGAAGGAGAAGAAGGAGAAGAAGAUGAAACUGAAAUUAUAAAUACAUUAGAUGACUCUGAAUCUAUGUUUGAAAAUGCAGCUGUAAGCAAUUUACCUGUGUGGUUUGUAAAUGAUUUUUUUAUGGCAAAAUAUCCAGGAUAUUUUAUAGACUUGAUACUUCGGUGUUUAUAUAUUUGUCCUAUACAAGUGGAGGAUUAUUGUUAUCCUUCAAGCAUUGUAAUUAGCUUAAAAAUUAUUAGUGUUAUAUUUGGAAUUUUAAAGUCAGGAAUAAAUGACAGAGUACACUAUCUGAAAUAUAUGAUUAGGGGUCAGAAUAAAAAAAUUAUAUGUCGUGAAUUAGAAGGCAUGGAGACCAUAUUUUCAUAUAAACUUCCUUCUUUAUUUAAUCUUAAAGAAGUUCCAUUAAUCAUUCGAAGAGAGAUUUUAGAUAAUACUUUAGGAAUUGCAAAUAUGAAUUGGAUAAAUGACCUUCCACCAGAAUGGAUGUUAUAUGUUGGAUGCAUUAAGUAUUGGAUAGAACAAUCAGAACCACCUAUAUCAUACAAAUAUUAUAUAUAUUCUAUAUUUGUUUGUAUGUUAUUUAGUAAAAUAGAUCUCAAAAUUCGAAGACACAGAAAUAUGUACAAUUUUCAAAAUAAAUAUGGUAAAAUAAUUCAAGGUAUAGAGAUAAGAAGAAAAGCAACUAACUAUAAGCCACAAUAUGUAAUUAAUGGCACAAUCACUGAAGCUUGUAAUGCACUUGAUCGUGAUGAUUGUUUAUUAGCAGCACCAUUUUUUAUUUCUCAUUUUGAAAUGGAUAAAAAAUUGUACACAAAUCCCAAAAAGUAUAAUAGAUCUAUAGUUCAUGCAUUUGCAGAAUUUCAAAGUUGUUUAAGAUACAGUAUGAAUUUGAAUGCACUUUUAGGAUAUCCUUAUCCACAAACUAAAGUUGCUAAUUUGUUUAAUGGUACUUUAUUGUAUAAUCUGAGCAAUAAUUUUAAGAUACGCUAUGACAUUGAAGGAUAUAUAAAUAUUAUUUUUCGUCAGUCUCCAAGCCUCUUAAGAUUGUUUCAUACAAUAUUGUUAAAGGGAAGAACAAUGUUUUCAUUAUUACUUCAAAAUGAGACCAAUCACUGUAGAAAACAAAAAGUAAGAUCUAAGAAUUCAAAAUUUAAUAAACAUUCAGCUGAAAGUGAUGCUGAAUAUUUUAGUGCUGAGGAAAAUUUACAUGAACCAAUAUUUUAUGAUGCAAAUAAUCCUUUUUCUUUAUUGACUUGA